AUGUUAUAUGGACAACACUGUAUUACUUCAGUUUGUUUGAUUGUUUAUAGAAUUGUUCAUAUUUGUGACAAUUAUAAUAAUUAUGUUUUGAUUCUUCAAUUGUGUUCAUUUAUUCGUGUUUGGGGAUUAUCAAUUUGUUUUAUGGCACUUCCAUUAUUGAUAAUUGAAAGAUAUUUUGCGACAAUUCACAUUUUAGAUUACGAGAAAACUGAUCGAGUUUAUAUAUCACGUAUACUUAUUACUGGAUGUUUCCUUCUUGCCUUUUUAUUUUCUUAUAUUUUUCACAAAAACGAAUAUGGUGAAUGA